AUGCCGAAUACUCCCCCGACUGGCGAAUCUCAUCCCAAUCUCCAAGAACAAGAACAUGCCGAUAAUAGACCUAUAUCCCCCGUCCACCCGGAAGCAAACCUGCUUGGCCACGAUGGCAACGAGGGCCCCCCUGCAAAGAGGCGGAAAGUCGCAGGCGCUGACCACAAGCCGUCCCCUCGACCCAUAUCGCCGCCAUGGAAACGGGUUGCGGCAGAAGGCCCGACGUCUUUCGUGGAGAAUGGGCGACGGAAAUCGGGCAGAACAAACGUCGUUCCUCUCGCUCUCCAGCCGCAGUCGGCAAAGAGACAGACUCGUGCCGCCUUCGAAAAGGUGAAGGACGAGCACCAAAAGCAUCCAAAACCUAUGUAUAAUAUGCCAGUCAGGAAGCCGAAAGUCGAGGUGCUUACACCACCGCCUGCUACUAAACGCGGACCUGGCCGCCCACCCAAGAAUCGCGAUUCUGAGCACUCACAAACCGUGAAGACUGAAGACGCCCAGAGGCAUGCGCGAGAGAUGAGCGUCCGCUCGAAGCUUUCAAAAACUCCUCAGCCGAAAUCCCCGUCGCAUCGUUCCAAAUCUCGGUCUCAUCGGACAAAGCCGCCGAAUGUCAAGGGUGUCCACGAAGAGGGCGUACAUGCCAAUGGCGUGGUGAAGAGUGAAUCAGCAGAUGAAAGCGACCAUUCAAACACUUCCGAUGAAUUAGAACUGUCUACCGGGAUUGCUUCGCCUCCUACAAUACAGAAGGUCACGUUUCGCGUUAGACUUCCGAAGCCAUCAGUCGCCACUCCUGCCAACAUCCCACCUCCCAAAAAAUAUGCUUCUUUUGAGGAAUUCUUGGAACGCGACGAGUUGGAGCCGAGACAAGGAGAGGACACCUUAACACCAGAGCAGAUCACCGAGGAGGCGCUGGCCAGACGAAGGGUAAGGGAGGCGCAAAAGAGGGGCGGCGCAUUGGAUCGAAGACUUCUCGAAGCCUUGCCCGACAAACAGAGCGAACCAAAGAGGCAGUACGCCCAUCUUGAUCAUCUGCUGGCACAUGUGUCCCAUUUCAGGACUCUACUCAGAGCGGAAACUAGGGAUCACCGAAGGAAGGCUGAGUUGUUAGCCCAUGAAGCCAAAAAGUAUGUCGAAGAAAAGCGGAGACGGAACAAGGUCAAGACUGCGGAGGAGAUCGAGCAGGAAAAGCGAGAGGCCGCCAUCUCGUCAUACCGUAUGGUGGUCAAAGAUCUGGAGAAGUUGUGGACAGCCGUCAAAGCUGAGGUUGAUGCGAUGCGACAAAAGCAAUAUGAAGAGCAGCAACAAGCUAAAAUGAAGGGUCACCUCGCUCGGGUGCUAGAUCGUACCGAUCAGAUGCUCAGCCGAGUCACAGAACAAGACGAAUUGCCUACCGAUAGUGGAACGGAGAUGUCUUCCGAUGAUACGUCCGAGUCCGUGUCCGAGAACAGUGAACAGAUGUCAGAGAGCGAAGAUGGCUCCGAGUCUGACCCCGAGGCCGAUGAUAAUGAUGCAGAAAUGUCCAUCGAAGAGCUAAAGCGGAAGUAUGGCAAUUUGCCUGACUUACCAGUCGUGGACGGCGGUGCGCAUGAAAGUUCCGCCAGUGGAGAUGACGAAGGGCAGCAUUCCAUUCAGCCUGACGAUGAAUCGGACCCCGAGACUGACAUGGACAGCGAAUUUGAUACAGACGAGUCGGACGAAAGUGGCGCCGAAGGAGAUGAAAGCGAUGAAAGUGGCGAGGAAACUGAUGGUGCGCCAGGCGGCCUCCUGUCAUUAUUCUCAAAGAAAGAAAUCGCAGAAAUGGCACCCAUCGUUACGGAGGACAAGGCGCCUGACGAAGACGGUGAUAUGCGCAAACCUUUGGUGGAGGUUCUCGAGGACCAUCAUGUACCUGAAGACAAGCUCACAGAUGCAAUGGAACAGUCCACAGCCGACGUUCCUGAUCCUGCGCCGACGGAUGUAUCGCAGACAAUGGACAAUACUGCUAUGGACGAUGUCUCGGCGGAUUUCGGUUCACGAGAGGCCCGUCAUACGCCCGAAGACCAGGGGUGUCAGGAGCUGAGCGUACAGACCUCGCCUCACACGACAGCGACGAAAGUCUCGGAACCCGAAUCUGUCUCAUCAAUCGACGCGCAUGGCGAUUCUGCUUCACCUACGACCCCUCCAGACACCAAACAGUCGACCAUCAAAACGCCUGUGCCGAGCCUCCUUCGAGGGACGCUCCGGGAGUACCAACAUGAAGGCUUAGACUGGCUCGCGGAUCUGUAUGCUCAUGGGAGGAAUGGCAUCCUCGCGGACGAGAUGGGGUUGGGCAAGACUAUUCAAAGCAUUGCGUUGUUGGCACACCUUGCCGAAGUCCAUGAGGUUUGGGGUCCUCACCUCAUCGUGGUGCCUACCAGCGUCAUGCUGAAUUGGGAAAUGGAGUUCAAAAAGUUUUUGCCUGGCUUCAAAAUCCUGACGUACUACGGCAGUCUCGAGGAAAGAAAACAGAAGCGGCGUGGAUGGAUGGCUGAUGACAGUUUCAAUGUUUGCAUCACAUCGUACCAACUCGUUCUGCAGGAUGCAAACUCAUUCAAGCGGCGCAGGUGGCAUUACAUGAUCCUCGAUGAAGCUCACAACAUCAAGAAUUUCCGAUCAGAAAGGUGGCAGACCAUGAUGACCUUCAAUACGAGGGCUCGACUCCUGUUGACUGGCACGCCUCUUCAGAACAACCUGACCGAAUUGUGGUCAUUGUUGUUCUUCCUCCACUACGGCCAGGAAAACCAAGGCGAGGACGAUGCUUUUGCCGGCCUAAAAGAAUGGUCUGAGUGGUUCAAGAGGCCUGUAGAAUCCAUCCUCGAGCACGGACGUCAAGUCCUUGACGAAGAAGACAAAGAGCAGGUUGCGAAGCUGCACAAGGUCAUUCGGCCUUUUCUGCUACGCAGGCUCAAGCGGGAUGUCGAGAAGCAAAUGCCUCUCAAGUAUGAACAUGUCGAGUUGUGCCGAUUAUCCAAGCGACAACGACAGUUAUAUGAUGGGUUCAUGUCACGGGCCUCGACGAAAGAGACGUUGGCUUCGGGGAACUACCUGUCCAUCAUCAACGCCUUGAUGCAAUUACGGAAAGUAUGCAAUCACCCGGAUCUGUUCGAGACCCGUCCCAUCAAUACCUCUUUCGCUAUGCCCAAGUCGGUCGCCGCCGAGUUCGAGAUAAACGACCUGCUGGUACGGCGAAGGCUAAUGCGCGACGCUGCCAACGACCUGGACCUCGACUUCCUCCAACUUGCUCCUGUCUCCGACGAAAGGAUGUCCAUGAUCGAAGUCCUUGAAACGACCACAUUACAUGCCUAUUCAAAGUUCAAGGCUCUGCGGGAGUCUCAGAAUCGACGAAUCGCUCAAGAGUCAACCUGGCAUGGGGAGAAUCGCGCAGGAGUGCUGGGCUCGCUUGAGAACGUAGGGCGCAAGGCUCGCAUCGAGGAGCUCGAUCGCACCAUGUACUUUCAGGCGUACCGACAUCGUCAGCACCCUAUCUACGGCCGCGGGCUGCUCGAGCAACUUAGCAUCGAUACAACUGCCUCUCAACUGUCAAAACUCGCUUCACGUCAAAACAGCUCCGGUUGGCGUAAUCAGGCCCUUCCAGUCCAUUCCCUGAAUCUUGUACAUUCUAUUCAGUCGAGGUCGGAAGAAAUGGAGCCAUUUGUCCAGCAAUUUGGCUGCAUCACGCCCGCCGUUGUUGCCACAGACCUCAGCACCGUCGCCGUAACAGAGGCUGGAGCUGCUGCGAUACGGGAAUCACGGGAGCUCUGGAACCCGGACCCGUUCCAUCUGGCUCGCAUGAAGCUGUCGAUCGCCUUUCCGGACAAGCGCUUACUGCAAUAUGAUUGCGGCAAGUUGCAGAGGUUGGAUAAGCUGCUGCGUCAGUUGCAAGCAGGUGGCCACCGAGCGCUCAUCUUCACUCAGAUGACCAAGGUUCUGGAUAUUUUGGAACAAUUCCUGAAUAUCCAUGGCCACCGUUACCUCAGGCUGGACGGGGCCACCAAAAUCGAGCAGCGACAAAUCCUCACCGAUCGGUUCAAUAAUGAUCCUCGGAUCCUGGCGUUCAUUCUGUCGUCAAGGUCAGGCGGCUUGGGAAUCAAUCUGACUGGUGCCGACACGGUCAUCUUCUACGAUCUUGACUGGAAUCCUGCCAUGGAUAAGCAAUGCACUGACCGAGCCCACCGUAUCGGGCAAACGCGCGACGUCCAUAUCUACCGGUUUGUGUCCGAACACACGAUCGAGUCCAACAUUCUCCGCAAGGCCAACCAAAAGCAAAUGCUCGACGAUGUGGUGAUCCAAGAGGGAGACUUCACGACCGAUUACAUGAACAAACUCACUUACCGAGACAUGCUUGAUGAAAACGGAGAAGAAGAGGAUGCCGCCGGUCUUGCCAUGGAUAGGGUGCUUGGCAAUGAUAAGAGCAAGCUCGCCGUCUUGGAGCAGGCCGAGGAUCAGGAAGAUCGUGCUGCGGCAAACGUUGCGGCUCGUGAAGUCCAACAUGCAGAUGAAGGAGACUUCGAGGACGACAAGACUGCCAGCGCCACUCCAAGAACCAACGAAGCUCAAACUCCUGGCCCGUCAGGGACAACAGGGACGACACUGGCUGAGACAAAGGACAGAGACGCAGAGUCACAACAUAUUGACGGCUACCUGAUACGUCUCCAGUCUUUCUUGAUGCGGGAUGUCCCACUGGGGCCCGGGAAGGACAAACGAAGCAAAGCCCGAAGAAGGCGAGACGAGCAUCGCAUCAGGCGAGUGAGAUGA